CAUCUAUGGAAUGCUCAAACCGUGGAAUGUUGGCACACGAUUACUACAGCUAACACACCUCAUUUUUUGUACAAAAAGACAGAUGGGACACACUGCACUAGACUAGUGGGUUUGUUGCAAUCGACUCAAAUUGCACCGGAGCUCGCUUUUUUAUUUAAUUUAUUUGGAAUUCUCCAGUGAAAGCGUUUGCGCCAGCGACUAUACGUGACGUCAAAACCAGUAUGGCGGUCGAGGUGCAAUCCACCAAACGUGCGGACCCGAACGAGCUGAAGGUUAUUUUUCAGAAGGUAAGAACAUCUCUGGCAAAGGAUGGCGAGAAGUUGAUGACCCCGGAGGACUUUGUGCAGAAGUACCUGGGCCUGCACACACAGAUCCACCACAACCCCAAAACUGUCCAGCUCAUCGCCGGUGUAGCCGACACAACCAAGGACGGGCUGAUCUCAUUCCAGGAGUUCUUGGCGUUUGAGUCGGUGCUGUGUGUUCCGGAUGCUCUCUUUAUCGUAGUCUUCCAGUUGUUUAACAAGACCGGCACUGGAGACAUCUCCUUUGAGAAUGUGCGGGACAUCUUCAGCCAGACCACUGUGCACCACCACAUCCCCUUUAACUGGGACUGUGAGUUCAUCUGCCUGCACUUUGGACACGACCACAAGAAAUGCCUCGGCUACCUCGAGUUCACCCAGUUUCUACAGGAGUUGCAGUUGGAGCAUGCACGCCAGGCCUUUGCCCAGAAGGACAAGAACAAGAGCGGCACCAUCUCUGCCAUGGACUUCAGUGACAUCAUGGCCACAAUCCGACACCACAUGCUUACACUGUUUGUGGAGGAAAACCUGGUUUCGGCUGCGGGGGGCAGCACCUCUCACAUGGUCAGCUUCUCCUACUUCAACGCCUUCAACUCUCUGCUCAACAACAUGGAGCUGAUCCGCAAGAUCUAUAGCACGCUGGCCGGGACCCGCAAGGACGCACAGGUCACUAAAGAGGAGUUUGCCCUUGCUGCGAACAAGUUUGGCCAGGUCUCUCCCAUGGAGAUUGACAUCCUGUACCAGCUAUCAGGCCUACACUCCCACUCUGGGCGUCUGAACUUUGCUGACAUUGAGAGGAUAGCCCCGCUGGAGGAGGGAGCGCUGCCCUAUCACCUGGCCGAGUUACAGAAACAGCAGAGCCAGGGUGAUGGUUCCAGGUCCGUGCUGCUGCAGGCCGCAGAGUCGGCCUACCGGUUCAGCUUGGGCUCCAUUGCUGGAGCUACGGGAGCCACGGCAGUGUAUCCGAUAGACCUGGUGAAGACCAGGAUGCAGAACCAGAGGAUUACAGGCACGUUCGUAGGAGAGCUCAUGUACAAGAACAGCUUUGACUGUGCCAAGAAGGUGCUGCGCUACGAAGGCUUCUUUGGAUUCUACAGAGGUCUUCUUCCCCAGCUCAUAGGCGUGGCUCCAGAGAAGGCAAUCAAACUUACGAUGAAUGACUUUGUGAGAGAUAAGUUCACUGGUAAAGACGACACCAUUCCCUUCGCUGCUGAGGUGCUGGCCGGAGCCUGUGCAGGGGCUUCCCAGGUGGUCUUUACGAACCCGCUGGAGAUAGUCAAGAUCAGACUGCAGGUGGCAGGAGAGAUCACAACAGGACCCAGAAUUGGCGCCCUCAGUGUCAUCCGAGACCUUGGCUUUUUCGGCCUCUACAAGGGCGCUAAAGCAUGUUUAUUGAGAGACAUCCCUUUCUCAGCCAUCUUCUUCCCAGUGUACGCCCACACCAAGGCUCAGUUUGCCGACGAGCAGGGUCGACUAGGCCCGUUACAGCUGCUAGCUUCUGGAGCCAUCGGAGGCGUCCCUGCUGCCUCCCUGGUGACACCUGCCGAUGUCAUCAAGACGCGCCUGCAGGUAGCAGCGAGGGCGGGACAUACCACCUACACUGGAGUCAUGGACUGUUUCAGGAAAAUCACGCAGGAGGAGGGAUUCGGAGCACUGUGGAAGGGAGCUGGAGCUCGUAUGUGUCGAUCCUCUCCUCAGUUUGGAGUAACUCUGGUGACCUAUGAGCUUCUACAGAGGUGGUUUUAUGUGGACUUCGGAGGACAUCGUCCGGCAGGGGCUGAGCCCACUCCUAAAUCUCGUAUCUCUGAGCUUCCUCCGGUCAGUGCUGACCACGUGGGAGGCUACCGUCUGGCCACGGCCACCUUCGCUGGCGUGGAGAACAAGUUUGGCCUCCACCUGCCCAAGUUCAAGUCCUCUGGAGUGGUCUCCAUUCACCCUGACCCCGUUGACCCCUCUUCUGCCCACCCUCAAAAGGCUGCCGCCCCCCUAAAGACUGGCCUCUAACUGCCUGCCACCACCCCUCCACUAAGGGCUAUGCACUUAGACAGACAUGCAUACGGAUUAACACACUCAUUUUGAGGGGCCAUGUACACCGAAAUGCACACACGUACACUCCUAGGGGCCAUGUACACCGACAUGCACACACGUACACUCCUAGGGGCCAUGGACACCGACAUCACACACGGUACACUCCUAGGGGCCAUGUACACCGACAUGCACACACGUACACUCCUAGGGGCCAUGUACACCGACAUGCACACACGUACACUCCUAGGGGCCAUGUGCACAGCUAUAAACACAAACACCCCAGGGUCUACUCUAGUGCUCUAACCCUGGUCCUGGAGAGCCGACUGUAGGUCCAUUGUUGAAGCAGGCAUUAACCUGAACACUACUGUUGUAUCUCCAGUGGCUACAUGCGCCUCUCCUUUUUCUUUCCAUUCCGCUUUUCAUAUGAAACCAUUGGUUUGAAAGGAGCCUUCUCUCUCUAUUCCUUUGCUCUCUCGCUCCCAUUCCUCCAUCUCUCUGGUGGCUCCUCUCUUCUCAUGAAUAACUGAUUAUCCAUUUUUGGGGGGGCUACAAUGAUUGGACAGUGUGUGGGAGAUAUUUGAUUGGACGGCAUGUGUAAGGCUUUACUGAGUGGGCCUUGCACAGGAAGUUAAUGUACAUAUUGUAGAUCUGCUGUACAGAGACGUGACACAGCUGGAAAGGAACAUUAUUACUGAUGUUAGAGCAAUAUUAAUGUAACAUUGGAGAACAGUGUUAUGGUAAUGUUAGAGCAACCCCAUGAUAGCGAAACGUUUCGGUGACAAAUGUUGCGGUAACGUUAAGAAGCAACGUGACUAAUGUUGGAGUUACGUUGGGCCUUCGUCUCUUGAGAAUCACUCUUACUGAUGUACAGACCUUUUCAAACUGUUUAUUGAGGAGAAUCCUGGGCAAAGGAUUAAGUAACUUAAAUGCAUUUUAAAUUCA